AAACAAAAACAGAAACAUGAAGUCACUGCGAUUCCUUGCUGCAGAGGGCUUCAUCCACAGUGGUCCGGGUGCUUUGGAGAACCUCGGCUGUUUGUCUUUUAAUCUCUUCCCACUUCUCUUCAAGGCCUGCUACCUCCAUGAGCAGGCUGAGUUGCUGCACGCUCUGGUGCAGGCAUGGCCUCUCCCUGUGCUUGACCUACAAAGACUCCUGGGAAACACAGUCGACUGUCAGACAGACUUAACCUCACGCACCUGCAGGCGUUGUCUGGAGGCGAUUCUGACCGGCUUAAAGGAUUAUGUGCUGUCUCCUCCAAGAACCUACGCCAAGAGACUGCAUAUGGUGGACCUGACUGCCCUGAGGGACAUCGAGCACCAGGCCUGCCCCUGCCAGUCCACCCUGGGUCGAUGGGCAAGAACCCAGCUCCUGACCCAAAUGUGCUACGACACCAUGGUGGCCAUGCAAGACAGCAACGUGUCCCCAUCUGCCUUUGAAACAUCUAUUGACGUCCGUCUGAACGGCUUUGUCACAGGCCGCAACUACGAGCUGGUGGCUCAGGCCUUCCUCCUCCUCCGCUACUGUCCGCUGAAGCCUCGUUUUGUUGGUUUCCGGGCAGAUUCCCUCGCUCUAAAGCAGCUGUUUUAUGUUCUUCGCCUGGCAGAACCUGAGAGUAUUUCAAAGCUGGAGGUAGUCCACAAUGUUCACCUGGAGGCCCCGCACUUAGAGGUGCUGCUGUCCAAGGUGGAAUUCCCCAAAUUACAGUCUUUGACCCUGCCGACUGGGGCGUUGGAUGUGAGGAGGUUGGGCUCUGAAAGUGAUAAUGUGCUGUCCGUCAUCGGCAACCUGCUGGCACAAAUGACCUGCCUGACUGAGCUCUAUGUUGGUUUCUCCACAUUAACUGGACACCUUCGCAGACUGCUUAGUCCUCUCAACACUCCCCUGCAGUGCUUGGAGUUGGCCAAUUGCGGCCUGAACCGUCUGGACAUGACGUACCUGUCCAACAGCCUCCACUGUGAGUUCCUGGUCCGCCUGGACAUCAGCGGACACGACAUCUUCGGCGCUUUCUCCACCUGUUUCCAGAAGCUGCUCAGCCGCUGCUCAGCCACACUGGUCAGCCUGGCCCUCGAAGAGUGUAACAUAGAGGACGAGCACAUGGACGCCUUCACUGAUGCUCUGGCUUGCUGUCAGGGGCUGGAGGAGCUCAAACUCCUGGGAAACCCUCUGACCUCUGCAGCCCUGCGGAGAUUAUUCUCCAUGCUGUCUGCAGGCUUUCCUAAGUUAAAAUACAUCGAGGUUCCAGUUCCCCGCGAGUGCUACUCUGAGGAUGUCACGUAUCCUCUAGGUGACUCGGACCUACUGUUGUACAACAAGGAGCUGUUUCAGGGGGUCAGGGACCAGCUAAUGGGGAUCCUAGAGGGAGCUGGAAGAGGGAGUGUGGAGGUGUGCACCCCUCUCAUGGGGGCCUAUGACCCUGACAUAAAUGAGACCAGCAAUGAGCUGGGAGUGUCCAUGUUAAAAUCUUUUAACUGUGUCAUUGGGAACUUUAUAGGUAGUAUUACUGAGGUGGACAACAGGAGAUCACAGGCUCAGAAAGAUAAUUAGUGGGUUUGCAUGUGGAAAGAUGGGAGUUAAAACAGACUGACAUAAAAGGGCUAUGAACUCAGAUUGUUUACAUGAAUGUAGACUUUUGUGUAAAGCAGAUCUGACUCUUCACACCUUACAGAAAUGGUAAUGCUUUGCUGACAGUUUCUUUCAAAGCCAUGUUCCAAGGCCAUGCUGGCUUUAUAUAUUUUAAUGUAGUGCUAGUACAGAUAGCUAGCAUACUGACAUCACUGUUGUCUGCAUGGCUGAAGUCCGACACUUUGAAAAUACAUCUAAUAUACUAGCUGCAGGACGUUUGUGUAAAAUGAGUGCUUAAGAGUUUUUAUAUAGUUCUCUGUCUGUAUUUUUUUUUUAUUUAUAACAAUCACACAUACUCAAGACCUUUUUGUUUUGGUUUGAGUUUCAUUUAUUUAUUUACUUUUUACAAAUUUAGUGUUUUCUAUUCUUUGCCACUCUGCAGGACAAGGCUGUUAAGCAGAGUGAAUGUAGCAUGUCUUCAGAUCUUCACUCUGUCCUCACCCUGUGAGAUUUUUUUUAAAAGUUUAUAUCUUGAAUAAUAAUCUAAACUUUUAAAAAAUCAUUAAAUUGAGAUAUUGGCCUACUGUAUUAUUUUUUCCCCCCAAAGUUUUCUCACACUCCUUAAAAUCAAGGCCUCACAACCCUCCAUGGAGUUUCGGCGACCCCUUGUGGGCACUGGGACCUCCAGCUUGGGAGCCACUGAUUUUCAAUUUUUUUUUAUCAUACUAAAUAAGUCUUUUGCGUAAAUGGGAUGUACAGGAAAUUCAUUCCUGAUGGAGAUAUUGUAUCAACAGUAACGUUCGUA